UGGAUAUAAUAGUCGACAUGGAAUAGCUUAUGCUGACUUUGAAACAACUGCCCAAGCCUUCUCUGCCAUGAAGUCUCUGCAAGGUUAUUUGUUUGACAUGCAUGACCGAUACUCAGUCAAAUUGGACCUCCAGUUCCUUCCUGGUCCGUCCAAGAUCUGCUGCCUUUUGUAGUUCUGUAUGCUAAUGGGAAACCAUAAGAUGAAGGCCCUUGUGUUUCACUGAGGACAUGGGCUUAGGAGCAAAUAUGGAACUUUGGCUUAUCAGUAUUUUCAAUGUUUUUCAUGGCAUUCAUGAAAUUUAAAUGUAUCAUUGGAAUUGAGUUUACCUCAUGUCAGGCAUCAAGGUCAAGAUCAUAUUUCUGUGAAAUGCGUUGAAAGGAUUCUGACGAUAUUGUCGUUGGUGAUGUUAAGAGUCGCUGAAGAACUUAUUGUGUUAGACAUUGCUAUUCAUCCAAGACAUAAAAAGCAAAUGAGACCACAUCAGUUGGCAGGUUUCCACUUUCUGGUUGUUUCAUGAGUAUUGUUCUUUGCUAUGCUGGAUACGGUCAUAGGUGUUAUUGUGGUGAUCUGUUUCCUGCUAGUACAUUGUUGUUUGCAAGCUUGUAUGUUUGUAGAUAUUGAAGCAACUUUGCUCUUUGAAAUGCUAGUGUGAAUAUAGUUUGCCCAGUUGAAGUAUUUCCACUGCCCUUUACACUCACGUCACCUUUGUGUUUUUCUUUUCUUUAGAGACUCCUUUUCUGGGUAUUCUGUGCAUGAUUAGAAGCAAAGAACAGUAUUUGAAUUUGGACUGAAUUUACUGUAGGUGAUAUUUCUAGUGUAUCUCUAGUAGCUACUAGCUUUAUGCAUAAAGUUUCAUUACUACUUGAAUUGGAUUAUACCAGGUGAAAUACAGAGCUCAAUGCCAAAAAUAAGGAUGCCUAGUAAACCUAGGAGAAAGAAUUGAUGAAUAAGGUGCCUAUUUUUUCAUCAAUUACUAUGCUUGUGUUGAACAAUUAGUGGGUUGACUACUACAUAAUGGCCGCUGCAUUUUAUGAUCAUUAUAGUUCUCCACAUGUAACUGUCUGUGCUUCUACUUAUGAUUGCCUUGUAUGCAUCCCACAUUUUUCUUGUCCACCUUGCAUGGGGCUUAUAUGCAACAUCAGCAGAAGUGCUACUUCAAUCGAGCAAAGAGCACACAAUUCUAUCGAGCAAAGAGAAUAGAAAAAGAGUGACAUAAUAGUUCUUGAUUCGGAUGAUGAUGAUGAAAGCACAGGAGCACACAAACAACUGACGCCUGAGAAAAAUAAACAGCUGAUACCAUCAGAACAGGCUGGUGCUCUCAUGAGAGUGGUAAUCGAAGGAACUGAUGAAGUAAAUGAGACAAUGCAUGAUAGAGACCAAAACAGUGAAAUUGUUCCAUAUAGUCCAAGUGCAACUUUAAUGAAUCAGUAUCCUUCGGCCAGCUAUCAACCAUCAGCAUUUCUGUUUGAGAGAGUUAUAUUGCAGAAAAGACCUGAGGAAUGUAUCCAUGAUCUGGCUGUUGCUACCCAUAAUGAGAAAAUAGCAGAAACACAAGUUUCCCCUCCACUUCCUAAGGAGAGAAAAAAACGAAAAGUUGAUCCAAGCUCCCAAGUAGAUGGGGAUGUUGAAAUUGUGCCAAGAAAAGAAAGAAAAAAUGAAGCAAAUCCAGCAGUAUUUGAUUUGCCCUCAGAACCUUACAAUCCUCUGGGGUAAGACGAGCCUAUGGAGGAAGAUGUGCCUAUGGGGGAAGAUGAGCCUAUGGAGGAAGAACAUAUACAAGAAAAGGAAAGUGAUGGUCCUGAAGAUUUUUGCAAUGAGUACUCAGUGGCAAUUGAAAGCUCUAAGCUCGACACACUUGAAGAGGCAGCCAAUGAGAAAGAGGUGAACAACGUCUGCAAUCAUGAAAUGCAGAUUCAUGAAGAUCUGGGCCAUGUAUGCCGUGUCUGCGGUAUGAUUGUGAGAAGGGCUGACACAAUCAUUGAUUAUCAGUGGAGAAAGGCAUCAAGGUCAAGAUCAUAUUUCUCUGAAAAGCGUUCAAAGGAUUCUGAUGAGAUUGUCACUGCUGAUGUAGUCGCUGAAGAACUCAAUGCGUUAGGCAUUGCUAUUCAUCCAAGACAUGAAAAGCAAAUGAGACCACAUCAGUUGGCAGGUUUCCACUUUCUGGUUAAGAAUAUAGUAUCUGACAAACCAGGAGGUUGCAUUCUAGCUCAUGCCCCUAGUUCGGGGAAAACAUUUAUGCUGAUUAGUUUUAUUCAGAGCUUCUUGGCAAAGUAUCCCUCUGGAAGGCCUCUCGUUGUACUCCAAGGCAUAUUAGGUACAUGGAAACGGGAAUUUCAACGGUGGCAAGUGGAGGACAUACCUCUGUAUGAUUUGUGCUCUGUCACAUACCACUCAGAUCAGUUGGAAAUCCUUAACGCUUGGCAAACCAAUAGGAGUAUCCUCUUGGUUGGAUACACUCAGUUCUCUUGGAUCAUUAAUAGUGAUGGGGGUGUCACCGUCGCAGCUGCAUGCUGGGACAUGUUGCUUAUGGUCUCUAACCUACUUAUAAUGGAUGAGGGCCAUACACCUAGGAAUGAGUCGAAUGUGCUAGAAUCACUGUGCAGAGUACAUACUCCACGUAAUGUGGUCCUUACACUUUCCCAGAAUCACGUCGUAGAAGUGUUCAACAUCUUGAACCUUGUACGCCCAGAGUUUCUCAAGAUAGUAGCAUCUCAUCCUAUACUUUCCCAGAAUCACGUCGCAGAAGUCAUCUCAUCCUAUCGUUGAUAAGUAUCAAUAUCAGGUCACAGGAUUUCAAAAGGGGUCUCUGAUAAAUUCACCGAGUCAGUAGAAGAGACCCUACUGCAUGAUGAUAACUUCACGAGAAAAGCACAUGUCAUUAGAAGUCUUAGAGAACUAUCAAAAGAUUUGCUUCACUACUACACGGGUGAUAUCUUGGAUGAACUACCUGGCCUAGUAGACUUCGGUGUCUUCUUGAAACUCAGCCCCAAGCAGAAAUAAAUCGUUCAUAAGUUGGAAGCCUAUGAGAUAAAAAAAAACGCAGUAGGAACUGCCCUGUACAUGCAUCCAUGCCUGUCAGAAAUAUUAGAAGUUGAUGCUGGAGAUAGGGCUUCCAGCUUGACAGGUGUAACUGUUGAUAGUCUGGUCCGGUCUAUCAACGUGGCCGACGGGAAGGCCAGAUUUUUCACCAAUAUCCUGGCACUUGCGGAAUCUGCGAGAGAGAAGGUCAUUGCAUUUAGUCAGUACUUACUUCGCAUGAAUUUUUUGGAAAGGCUAUUGGUUAAGACAAGGGGCUGGCAAGUAGGAAAGGAGUUCUUUGUGACCCGUGGUGAUAAUAAAUCUACUUCAGAAGAUAGACAACUGACAAUGGAUCAGUUUGACAACUCUAUUGAUGCAAAAGUCCUGUUUGGCUCUACCAAGGCAUGUGGGGAGGGCAUCUCCCUGGUCGGCGCAUCAAGAGUCGUCAUUCUAGAUGUUUUGAACCCCUAUGUUACCCGUCAGCCAGUAGAAGAAAGUGGGCUCAUAGCAGCUGAUUCUCUGGAGGAGAACACCUAUGAAACUGCAUUGAAGAAGGAGGUGAUACCAAAGCUGUGGUUUGAAUGGAGCGAGCAGCACUGCAAGUCGGAGGACUUCCAGCUGAACGAAGUCGAUAUCGACGACUAUGGGGAUGAGCUGCUGGACAACAGGAGGAUGUGCCCGGGCAUCAAGGCUUUGUAUGCAAGUUGAAGGCAGGCUGGAUAUUGUACAUAUACCAUGUAUAUAUGGCUUUCCGAUCGUUCCAGGUUGUCAUUGUUGUCAAGUAAGGCUCCUCUAGAACCAAAAGAAAGACUUGACUUGGUACCUCUUUGCAGAUACCUUUUAUUGGUUCUUAGGGGCCUUCUCUUCCUCCAGAUGCAUCAAACACUCUACAUGUUAAAAGUCUACAUCCUUGCACGUAUCCUUUUAUGCAUAUGAUUCUCUUGCUAUUAUUGUUUUGAGUUUAUUUGUCAUUUUGUUCAUAACUGAACUAUAUUUUAUGUUUAUUUACAUGUUCUUACCCAUCUAUGUCUUAAUCUUUUCUUUUCUGUUUUUGUUUUCACCAUUUAGUGCUUCAGCUCCUUGACUCUUGCUUCUCUACAUAUAUUUUGCCCUUUUACUGGGUUCUGUGAAGUAAGGCUGGUCAAAGAGGAUAUAAUAGUAGACACGUAAUAGCUUAUGUUGUCGUAGAAACUCCUGCCCCAGCGUUUUUCUGCUAUGAAGUCUCUGCAAAGUGAAUAUAACAUUUUUGUCAGCCUAAGUUGUGUCUCUUACAUUCUAGUAUCCUACUUAAUACUAAUGUCACUAAAUCUUUUGAAGUGUCAUUUGCACAUCCUUUGCAUUAAUAUCAUUGGGUGCCGAAAUUGUGACUCUUA